ACCUCCACUUGGACGCUCUUAUUGCCUGACACGGAUUCAUCAGCUUUUAUAUUUCAUGUGUAAACUUUUUCUCGCUUGUAAGAUGCAAGAACGUUUAGAAAUCACGCGGAUAAAUUAUGCAACUCUGAGGUUUUGAAGAAGACUAAUACAGGACGAGGGGACGAUGAUGAUGAUGAUUUAUGCCUCCACACCUGCCCACCCACACUGUGGACAUUAGCUGGAUAAAGGAGGAUAAACCUGCCGCAACUUAAAAAAGAAGAAGAAGCCUUUUCCCCCUGAAGAAACAUGCAGGGCAACAGCAGCGCCUCCGGACCCCUGGUCGCUCUGAGCGUGUGCGGAACAGAAGAGGAUGAACGCGAAAUCUCCAAACUUGCCAGCCCCACAGGAGCGUCCUCUAAUCUCGCAGCUUUAAACCUUUCUUUGAACUGCUGGCUCCACAUCCUCUCCAAGGAGUCCUCGCUGGACCUGCAAGCAGACAGCGCAAACCUGGCAGUCCGAGUUGUCAUUGCUCUGGUGUACCUGGUGGUGUGUGUUCUGGGGCUUGUGGGUAACCUCCUGGCACUCUUCCUGCUCCACUCCCGCCGCCAGGGCCAACACCACUCCUCCAUCGACUGCUUCGUGAUGAGCCUGGCGCUGACAGACCUCCAGUUCGUUCUCACCUUGCCCUUCUGGGCCGUGGACACGGUGCUGGACUUCCGCUGGCCCUUUGGCUGGGUCAUGUGCAAGAUCGUGAGCUCGGUCACCACCAUGAACAUGUACGCCAGCGUCUUCUUCCUCACCGCCAUGAGCGUGACCCGCUACCACUCCCUGCGUACCUCUCUGAAGAUGGCCAACCCUAGGGUUGCCUAUGCUCGUGCCAAAUGGGCCAGUUUAACCAUUUGGGUGGUGUCACUGGUGGCUACUCUGCCCCAUGCUUUCUACUCCACCACAGUCCAGGUGUCUACAGAUGACGAGCUGUGCUUAGUGCGCUUCUCUGGUUACGAAUCCGGCCACUGGGAUCCUCAAACCCUGCUUGGACUCUACCAAACACAAAAAGUCCUCCUGGGUUUUGUGUUUCCCUUGAUUGUCAUCUCUGUGUGUUACCUCCUCCUCCUGAGGUUCAUCAUGAGCCGGCGCAUCGUAGGCAGCAUGGUCAGCGGGAGUGUCACUGAUAGGUCAGAGUGUGAGAGAGGACGCCACCGCUGCCGCUCUAAAGUAACCCGCUCGAUCACCAUCGUAGUUCUGUCCUUCUUCAUCUGCUGGCUGCCUAACCAGGCUCUCACCCUGUGGGGUGUGCUGAUCAAAUUUGACCUGGUGCCCUUCAGUAAAGCCUUCUACAACGUCCAGGCCUACGCCUUCCCCUUGACUGUGUGCUUAGCUCAUGCAAACAGCUGUCUUAACCCGGUGCUCUACUGCCUGAUCAGAAAAGAGUACAGAGUAGGACUGAAGAUGCUCCUGCUGAGAGUGUCUCACUCCGUCCAAAAUGUUUUCACAAGAGCGCUGAGAGGGAGGAGAGUGGUGGAAGCACCACCCGCUGUGGUUUUGAUACACAAUGACAAUAAUACAUGAUUUACUCUGGAACAGAAGAAGUUUGACAUUUUGGUAAAUACAAUUAUCGGCUUUGAGUGUUAGAAGAGAAGAUUGAUACAGACCUUAUGUUGGUAGGCUAAAUAUGAAGCUACAGCCAGCACCCGCUUAGCUUAGCUUAGCACAAAGACUGGAAACAGGGAAAUGGCUAGCCUGGCUCUGUCCAACGUCUCAAUAAUUAACACGUCUCUCUGAGGAAACCUGUAGACUCAAGUGUUUGGAGCUGAAAUUGGAGAUAUGAACAUAUGCACAUGAUUUCCAAAAGCAAGCAACUAAGCAAUUAUUGGAGUGUUCACGUAACUGUCUGUAAUGCCGUCUGAAAGGCCAGUUUUCCAGUUGAAAGCUAAACAAAUGUUGCUGGUUAAUUACCUUUGGACAGAGCCAGGCUAGUUGUUUCCUCCUGUUUACAGACUUUGUGCUGAGCUCACAAAAGUGUUUAAGCCCAUUUCCCAAGAUGUCAAACCUUUCCUUUACUACUAAAGAAAAUUAGUCUUUGGUGCCAUUUUUUUAUCCUGUUCUUGUACAACAAGAACAUGUUGUACAUUUAUUUCAGCCAUCAAACUGGACACACACUUUAGUUUUACUCACAUUUUGCAGACAAACCUGAACAGCUAUGUUUUGCUUUAUUAUGCACUUUUUGUGAAAUAUGCCACUUUAAAAGUAAUCUCCAUGGUGACAGUACAUUCCUGAACAUUAUCAACUCCCCGAAUGAGCCCACUCUGCGUUACACUGUGGGCUGAAAUCACCGUAAAGGUUGAAAUAAAUUGUGAAAUGAUAGUUCAACCUGUAAAGUGAUUUGUGUUCAUUGCAUCUCAAACACCUACACAGGCAAUCAUGAGGACUGUGAAUUUGUGUAAUUUGUGUUAUUGUUACCAACAUUUGAAACUGCCAUCUCUCAGCCUUGUCGUACCGCUGUGAAUCGUUCUGUGAUUGCACAUAUGUAAUGUGACAUUAAUAAAAUAA